AUUUGAAGCCACCAAAAUAUAUAUCCACUGGAUCAUCUUCCCCAUCUUUCUUUUAUAGUCCUACCCCCAAUCUCUCAUCUCCUCCACAAAAAUGGCGCUCGCUCUGCCCAAUGCCUUCCUCCACAACAACCUCUCGCCUCCUUCGGUUUCUCUCAACUCCAAGGCGAAGAGUGUAGUGGGCCGCAAUCAUAUGCGGGUGAGCUGCAGGAAGAAGGACAUACACCCCGAAUUCUACGAUGACGCCAAGGUUUUCUGCAACGGUGAGCUGGUGAUGACGACGGGCGGGACCAAGAAGGAGUACGUGGUCGACGUUUGGUCAGGUAACCAUCCCUUUUACCUUGGUACUCGCUCUCAGCUUUUUGCUGAAAUCGAUCAAGUUGAGAAAUUUCGCAAGAGGUUUAGUGGGCUCGACCACCUUAUGGAGAUUCCUGUUCUCAAAGGAGAGAUUGUGCUUCCUCCUAAGAAGAAAUCUGGAAAAGGCAAAAGGAAGUAGUCUUGAAAGAUCUAAUUUUUCCUCUUUGUUGAGAUCUUGCGUUAAUUGUUGAAUUUUUGGGUUUUUUUGUAACUAGCUUGAUUGAGACAUUGGAUUAUAUGGGUUGUGACGAAAACUCACUUAUUUGAUUCUUGCUUAGUGGCAUUGGUUUUGGUUGUUGUUGCAUUUGUUCUAUCCUACUUCAAGAGUAGUACCUCAGUUGUGUUGAAAAUAAAAACUGGCAAUAAUUACACACAUUCAGCUCCAAACGUAAGGCAUCUUUGUUUGUUUGUUAGUUUUUUGUUUUUUCCUCAUUUUUUGGCUGCCUAUUGUGAGUGUUAAGUGGAUGCAGCUGGGGCUCUCUUCCUUACAUUUGAAUGUAGUGGAUAACACUUGCUUGGCUGCAGAUAUCUUUCAGGCUAGUUUGGUUCUCAAGUUGGACUAUUAGCUAUGAAUUUUUCUUUUUGAGUUGAUUUGAGUACUUGGUUCAUCUAUGCACAUUUCAUUUUUUUGAGGCUGUUCGGUUUGGUCAUGUGCAGCUACUGAAUGUGUGAUCUGCUGGCUGUGAUUUCUGUUCUGUUUGAAUGUCUCCAUGCAAUAGAUGCUGUGUUCAUUUCUUGAUCAUGUGGAUGAUUAGUACAGUAACCCGAUUGAGCUUAUCUUAUCAUACAAAAUACCAAUACUUCUUUCUCAGU